CCUCCACGCGCCCCCUUUGUCCGCCGCCGGGUCCCGAUGGCGCCGGAGCGCGCGGCGUCGGGGCUGCCCGCGGCCUUCCUGCGCAGCCUGCGCCCGCUCUACGACAUCCUGGACGAGCGGCGGCGCGGCCGCGUCCACCUGCGCGAGAUCGAGUCGCGCUGGCUGCAGCCGGGCGGCGAGGCGGGGCCGCUGCCGCCGGGGGUGCUGGAGGGGCUGCGCCGGGCCGCCCCGCCCAGCGGCUACCUCACCUUCGAGCGCUUCGUGCUGGGGCUCCGGCUCGCGCUCCUGGGCCCCGGGCAAGACGGCGACCCCGCCGAGCCCCCCGCAGGGAAUCUCCCGGGCCCGGCGCCCGACCCCGCCGCCGGACCCCCGCCGCCGCUGAAACGGGGCGCUCGGGCGGGCGGCGGCGCCCCUCGGGGCCUGGAGCGGAGCAGCAACGGCGGGCAGGCGGAGCAGCCGCAGGGCAAGCGAGCCGUGGGAGAGGCCGGCAGGAGCCGGGAGCCUACGGAGCAGCUGGGAAACGAGGGUCCCUGCGAGGAGCCCCCGAGGCAGCCGAGCAUCCGAAGGGAACGGCGGAGACACACGAUCGCCCACGGAGUGGAUUGUGAGAUGCUGAAGCAGACGAAGGAGCUGGAGAAGGAGAAGGACUUCCUGCUGCAGGGGCUGGAGCUGGUGGAGGAGGCCCGCAGCUGGUACCACCAACAGCUCCACCGCCUGCAGGGGCACCAGAAGCAGCUGGCACGGAGCAAAGGUCCCCAGCAGGAUGAGGGAAGCCGGACGCAGCUCAGCCAACUCUUCCCCCACGUGCAGGAGCUGAACCGGUGCCUCUGGCAGCUGCUCUCCCUCUCUGCCGAGCCUGGGAACUCGAGCCCCCCCACCGCCUCGCACAGCCCACCUGCCACUCUGCUGGGCCCCUCCCCGUUCGCAGGGCCACAACAGACCAUCAACAUGUUGAAAGAACAGAACAGGCUCCUCACCAAGGAGGUGACGGACAAAGGCCACCGGAUCACCCAGCUGGAGCAGGAGAAGUCGGCCCUCAUCAAGCAGCUCUUUGGUGCCAGGGCAGAAAGUACCAAGGACAGCGACCAGCUGGAUUCCACCUUUAUUUAGCCUCUGGACCUCUGUCGCCUCUUUCUGGGGCAUUUGCCAGGGCCAGGAGUGGGGCUGAGACCACUGCUCCCAUUGUCCUACCCCAAGGAAGCCCCCCCCCCCUGACUGCAACACUCCCGGACGUCCAAAGCACGUGUAGCAGCCCUAUCAAACCUGAGGGGCCCAGGUUCUCACCCCUUAGAAUAAGCACGGACCCCCUUUCCUGCCUGGGCUGGUUCUUUGGAGGAAUGGGGCAUUUAACAAAAAAAAAAAAAAAAUUAAGGCUUGCAUUUCCGUGCUGCUCUACUCCAGAAAGUGCCUGCGGAAGGGCAUAUAUGCGUGUGCACUUCCUCUGUGUAACAGAAAACCUUCAGAAUCUGCUUGCCUUCCUCCAUUUUUCAUCAUAAGAGGAAGCUGCUGGAGAUUUGGGAUCCUCUGACAUUUCCUCCAGUUGCUGCAGAGAUCCCUUAUGUUUACAAAUAAAUACUGUGUGUAGUUUUCAUCUUCUGCGUGGCAUUUCUGAGGAUCUUUUUUUAAAAAACGCAGUACAUGUGUUAGUUUUCUCUUUGUGCAGAUCCAAAUAAAAAAGUUAAACAAACCUGCAAA